UCCCUUAUGUGUGUUCAUAUAAGGUAGAGAAAUGAAAAUAUUUACUUACAAACUUCAUAAAACAUAUUCAAGUAAAUAAUUUCCAAGAGGGUUGAAAUAGAAGAUGAUGAGAGUGCGAACUUUUCCUCAUUAUCAUAUAAAUAAAAAACUUUAAUCCAUGUGAUGUGAUUUUAUAAUGUUACAAGAAUCAACAUUUGAUGCUGGAGAUCCCAAUUUCUACAAAUAUAAAUAAAAGCAUGUCUUUGUUGACUGGUUUCCCAAUUCAAAACUGGUUGGCUGUAGCUGCCUCCACUUCUACAAAGAGACUCUUCAUUUCUCGUCCUCCACUCAAAUCCCUCCUCGUUAAUCGAUCCGCCUCCGCCGGAAGACACCCUUUUGGCCUCCGUGCGUCGGGCUUUUAUUCGUCUGUCGCUUCCCCCUCCACCGCCAUGGGUGACGCUGCCGCUGAUUCCGGUAUGGAUGCUGUCCAGAGACGCCUUAUGUUCGAAGACGAGUGUAUUUUGGUGGAUGAGAAUGAUAGUGUCAUCGGUCAUGAUACCAAAUACAAUUGUCACCUGAUGGAGAAGAUUGAAUCGGAAAAUUUGUUGCACAGAGCUUUCAGUGUGUUUCUCUUUAACACAAAAUAUGAACUGUUGCUUCAGCAACGAUCUGCAACAAAAGUCACCUUUCCUUUGGUGUGGACGAACACCUGCUGCAGCCACCCUCUUUACCGAGAGUCUGAGCUUAUCCCUGAGAAUGCACUUGGGGUGAGGAAUGCUGCCCGAAGGAAGCUCUUGGAUGAACUGGGUAUUCCUGCUGAAGACGUCCCAGUUGAUCAGUUCACACCAUUGGGCCGCAUCCUGUACAAAGCACCAUCCGAUGGAAAGUGGGGAGAGCAUGAACUUGAUUACCUUCUCUUCAUUGUUCGGGAUGUUAAUGUCAACCCGAAUCCCGAUGAGGUAGCUGAUAUCAAGUACGUGAAUAAAGAAGAGUUGAAAGAGCUGUUGAGAAAAGCAGAUGCUGGUGAGGGUGGUAUUAAGCUGUCCCCAUGGUUCCGACUAGUCGUUGACAACUUCCUGUUCAAGUGGUGGGAUCAUGUGGAGAAAGGGACUCUGAGCGAAGCAGCUGAUAUGAAAACCAUUCACAAGUUGACUUAGAAAUGCAGAUGGCCAAGAAUAUGGUAAUUCAUGCAGAUUUUCAGUUUCUUGAAAAAUAAUUAACUUGUUUGAGAAGAGGUCCUUGAAACCAUUAAGUUGAUUAUGUUAGUUACAUGAGGAAUGUUCUUAUGAAUUUGUUUAGCUUAUGAUAUAGACUACAGUAUUUGAUUUGGAUUUUAAAUUAUAACUCAGUAUGGAAAUGCAUUGUUAUGUACUUUAUUGGCUUU